GUCAUGGCGUUUCCCUAAGCUUUACAUACACCCAGUUAAGACAUGGACAAUUUCCAGCUGAUGUUGACUCGAUUUAAAGCUUUUGAGCAAAUGUACAGUUACGAAAAACGGUUACAGACUUUCUCCGAUUGGCCAUUCCGAGAGGAUUGUUUGUGCACACCCGAACAGAUGGCCAAGGCUGGAUUUGUCCACUGUCCGAGUGAAAACGAGCCGGAUGUAGCCUGCUGCUUCUUCUGCCUGAGAGAGCUGGAGGGAUGGGAGCCACAGGAUGACCCCUGGGCUGAGCACAUCAAGCGCACUCCUAACUGCCCCUUCCUGCUGAUGAAGAAGGACUACGGUGAAAUGACCCUGGUUGACCAUCUGCAUCUAAGUAGCGAGCGGCUCAACCUUUUCCUAGAUGCUUUGGGUCGUUCUCUUGUAGAGAUGUAAAACCUUUGCCCCAGCCUAAGUUCCUGUCCCUUUUUGGUGAGAAAUGAAUUGGACCCAUUUUAAGAUGAGUGAAACAUGUUAGACAAUGUGGCAAACCUUUCUGUAUUGCAAUGCGCAAGUUAAUGAACCGGAAGAGUUUGAGCAGCACGUUUUCCGUUGUGCUAUCAGGUCUGAU